AGUCUGCCGCCGGCGCCGUCUGCGAUGCACGUUGGCCCGCGACGUCAUUUUAUCGUUUCCUUUCGCAAUGUUAUCAAUUGCGACACUUUCACUCGAUUUUGCUUUCAAUUUCACGUUUGUUUUUGUGUUGUGAAUUAAAACAUCAUGAAGAAAGAAGAAUCACAAGCUAGUUUGUGUAGAGGAGACCGCGGGUCGAGGCCGGUUCGUUCACUGAUGGAUAGCGUGUCCUCCGACGAGGGCCCGGAGACAGAACGUUUACUGGGCUCACAGCUUCCACCGGCGGUGGUAUCUGCCGCCAGCGGUCGCCGUGAAUCUUUGACGGCACCACCAUCGCCCACUGAUUCCCGAAAAAAGCGCGACCAUCGUUAUAGAAACCAUCUGCAUCAUUUAAUCCAUUGGAGAGAAAUUUGGGGCGGAGAACCCCAUAAACUUCAUGAGAGCCUUCAUCGCAGCGAGUCGAUGGUAUCGUUGGCGUGCUUCAAGACGCUCUCGCAGCUGGUAAACAGCGACACCACCGCUGAACUGCAGCAGUACCUUGAUACCAACAAGAAUGUCAACGUUGAUGACAAAGACGAGAAUGGAACGACGGCACUUAUGUGCGCUAGUGAAAACGGCCGCGUGGCGGCUGUUCGGGCACUGCUGGCUGCGGGCGCGGACCCAUGCGCCAGCGAUACAGAUGGCUGGACAUCGCUGGCGUUCGCGGCCCGUGGCGGUCACCUCAGCGUCGUAAAGGAACUGUUUGAUGCUGGCGUACUCGUCGACUCCAGAGACUGUGGCGGAUGGACUCCUCUGAUGUGGGCGUCGUAUAAAGGUCAUGAAGAUGUAGUAGCUUUACUUUUAGAGAAAGGAGCUGAUGUACAUGCACAUGGAAAUUAUAAUAUCAAUUCGCUAGUAUGGGCGGCGGGCCGGCGGCACAGCGGCGUGGUGCAGCGGUUGCUGGCGGCGGGCGCACGCGCCAACUCGUGCGACAAGUACGCGACGUCGGCGCUCACGUGGGCGGCGCGCGCCGGCGACGCCGGCUCCUGCGCGGCGCUGCUACGCGCCGGCGCCGACCCCAACACCGCCGGCAUGUACUGCUGGACGCCCUUGCUGCAGGCCUCGCAUGGAAACCACUUCGAGAUUGUGCAAAUGUUAUUGGAACAUAAGCCCAAUGUAAAUGCUUUAGACAAGGAUGGUUACACCGCGCUUGCGAUCGCAUGCAAAGAUGGUUACUAUGAUAUUGCGUUGGCGCUCAUCAACUCUGGCGCUUACAUCAAUGUACAGGAUCACUCAAAAGACACGCCGCUUAUUCAUGCAGUGAAAGGCGGACACAAAAACAUUGUAGAGGCUUUACUGAAGAAACACGUGGACGUAGAUCUACCCGGAAAGGAGAAGAAGACGCCUGUAUACACCGCCGUGGAGAAAGGCCAUGUCGCCAUACUGAAACUGUUGCUCGCAUCCAAUCCUGAUCUCGAGCAUAGUACUAUAACCGGUGACACGCCGUUAAUGCGCGCGGUGAGGUCGCGCAAUGCUGAGAUGGUGCAGCUGUUAUUAGAACGGAAAGCAAGAGUCAAUGUUGCCGACAACCGCGGAGAUACCGCAUUACACAUCGCAAUGCGAGCACGCUCCAAGCAAAUAGUAGAAAUUUUACUUAGGAAUCCAAAACAUAGCCAGUUGCUUUAUAAGCCGAAUAAAUUGAAUGAAACGCCGUACAACAUAGAUAUGAGCUACAACAAGACGAUACUGGGCCAAAUAUUCGGCGCUCGCAAGUUGAACACGAAUGAAGACAAUGAGAACUUGCUGGGUUAUGAGUUGUAUAGCGCGGCGCUAGCGGACAUGUUGUCGGAGCCGAGCUUGUCUGUUCCUAUCACAGUGGGCCUCUACGCUAGAUGGGGCUCGGGAAAAUCGUUUUUGCUCAAUAAACUUAAGGAGGAGAUGAAGAACUUCGCCCGCCAGUGGACGGAGAGCGGCUGGUCGUGGUCGUGGGCGGUGUGGUGGGGCGCGUGGCACGUGGCGCUGGGCGCGGCGGCGCUGGCCGCGCUGGCCGGCGCGCCGCCCGCCGCCGUGCUCGCCGUGCUCUUCGCGCUCUUCCUCGCCAUAUACCUCGCGCUCUACCUGCUCUGGUAUCUGGGGAACAAGUACGAAUGGUGGUGGGCGGGCGGAGUGUUAUCUGCCUUGGGACGAAGAUUCAAUUCCCUACUGCUAGUGCUACAAGUAGUGUUCUGCCAUCCUCCUGGUCCAAACGAUCCAAGGGCCUUACCCGCCACGCCUAUCAGGUUCCACUUCACGGAGGGCAUGAAGAGCGGCGGUGGGCAGGAGGGUGAGGCGAUGGUGGUACAGAUGUUAGCAAGCCUGGGCGAAGCACUGGAAUGCCAGUACGGCCGCGUCUGUACGCGCCUCACCAGGGCUUUCCGGCCCAAGCCCGUCUCCUCUACCUCCGGUUGGAAAUGGCGCCGUAUGUGCUGUGUCCCGCACAUAAUAACGUUCGAGUUGUGCUUCACUUGCGUGCUGAUGGGACUGUGCGUGCUCGUUAUGUACCUCACUGACAAGGAAGUGGACCAACAUGAGGGCGGGUCGUCGUCGAUCAGGCGGCGUGAAAUUCAACAGGGGCUGAUGGUGGGCGCGGCGGCGGUGGGCGGCGCGGCAGUGCUGGCCAACCUGUACACGUGGGGCCGCGUGCUGGCGGCGCUGCUGCGCGGCCCGCGGGCGCGCCUGGCGGCGGCGGCGCGUGCGCACCACGCUGCGGCCGCGCCCGCCGCCGCGCUCCGACCCGAGGUGCAGGCGCUCACGCAUUUGGUGACAUGUCUGGACGCGUUCACCGGACAACAGACACGCUUAGUUGUCGUCGUGGACGCAUUGGAUAGCUGCGAACAAGAGAAGGUCCUCGCACUAUUAAAUGCUGUCCACGCGCUAUGCUCAGAUCCCAAGAGUCCAUUCAUAUUACUUCUGGCGAUAGACCCACAUAUUAUAAGCAAGGCAGUAGAGAUAAACAGCCGUCGUGCGUUGUCUGAGAGCAACAUUGGCGGGUGGGACUACCUGCGGAACAUGGUGCAGCUCCCGUUCUACCUGCAGAACUCAGCGUUGCGCCGUGUCAAGAUCGCGCAGCAGGCGGCCACGCGGCGUAUGCAGGCCGUCACCGCUGAUGACUUCUCUACUUCGCUACAGAGAUCUGUGUCCGCCCGGCGGCUGUCAUCGACGUCGGAGGUGAUGUCGAGCCAGGAGCGCAUCAAGGGCCCGGGUCCGAAGGAAACGGCGGCGGCGGCGCGCGCGCGGCGCCUGCGACCGUCCGAGUCGCUGGCGUCGUCCGUGGCGUCGGGGCUGCACCGUGCGGCGCCGCCCGGCGCCGCCGACCUGGGCCGCGUGCUGCUCACCGACGACUACUUCAGCGACGUCAACCCGCGCAGCAUGCGCCGUCUCAUGAACGUGCUCUACAUCACAGGUCGUCUUCUCAAAGCGUUCCAAAUAGAAUUCAAUUGGUACCAAUUAGCAUCUUGGGUGAACCUGACCGAGCAGUGGCCUUUUCGUACGUCGUGGAUUAUCUACCAUCAUGAAACCUACGAGGAGCAUAUCGACGAUUCAACUUCACUCAAACAUAUAUAUGAAAAAGUAAAGCCUAUGAUAAGUGCGCUGCGGGAAGCAAGCACGUUGAUGGAGUUAGACCGAGAUGAACGCAAACUAGAAGUAUUCCUCAGCUUCCACCGCACUACGCUCACAGCUGCUGACCUCAAAAUAUUCCUGCCAUUCACCAUCAAUUUGGAUCCGUACAUCAAGAAGGUUAUCAAAGAAGAACAAUUACAAUCUGGACUAGAAGAAGACUUGGGAGCGGGAGGUGCCGCGGGAGCCGUCCAGUGGGGGACUCCACAGCAUAUCCGCCCCUCCCAUCCUCAUUCAAAACUUUUCCAUAGGAAAAAUCGCACAUCGCCGCCGGGCGCUAGCGGGCCGCUGCCGGCGCAACCGCUGUGGGUGGGCUGGACCAACACCGGCGCCGGUUUCACGCCGCAGCCCCUGCACCAGCUGCCGCCACUGCAGCCGCUGCAGCCGCUGCAGCCGCUGCCGACGCAGUACCCACCGCCGCCGGCCCCGCAACCAGCGUUAGCGCAGAACCCUUAUCUCAUGCUCAGAACCGCUUUUCCUGGAUUGGGUGACGUGUCGAACUUGCGUCUCUCUACGAUGAGCGUGGAGCGGGUAUGUAGCGUGGCCCGCGAAGCGCUUGGCGGAAGCGGCGAGUUGGCCGCCGCUGCGCUGCAGCGACAUCGCGUUUGCGGCCUCGCGCUCACUGUCUGCCGCUUGCCGGACCUCGAGCCAAUACUAGAACUACCUUUCGGUGACUGGGAAUUGUUCAAACUCCUGAUUAUAAAUCUACGAGAAAUAGAGGUCAACAUGCCUACUAAUGCUCCAACAGUGACUGUAAUAUCCGAUAAAACAACCGAAUCGGAAGCAGACAAUAUCAAACCAACGAGACCUUCUUUGGAUCAUCAGCGUAGUCGGCCGUCCAAUGUCGAAAAACAGCCUUACCCGGAAUAUCAGGUGACACUGGAGGAGCAAAUGAUAUGCGGCGCUUUGCAAACUCUAAACGAGGAAGCAAUGGAGGACGUGUUACAAUCGGAGCCGGCGUCGCACCCAGACGAGGAGCACGAGCUGCAGCUCGAGGCGGCGGCCGCGACGCCGGCGGCCAGCCCCGCGCCGGUGCGGCGUGACGCAAUCCUCAAGGGCGGCGGCAGCCUGCGCGUGCGCCGCGCCGCCGACCCGCCCGCCGUCACCUUCAACGUCGAGAACGAGGAGGAUUCGGACGACGGCCACAUCACGUUCAGCGCGCGGCCCGCUCGCUCGCGGCCCUCGUCGCUGCUCGUCGCCGACGACGCGCUCGACGCGGGCCGCCUCUCCACGCGCUCGCGCUCCGUCGAAGACUCCACGCGCACUGGCUCGCCGGUCGUCGACCUCAAGCUGAGAAACCUGCGACGGACGGCUGAGAUCCUUCGCAAGGUGAGCUCGGCCGAGCGGCUCACGCGCCUCAAGGACAAGAUCCUCGCGCGCGGGAGCGGCUCUCGCGAACGGAGCCCGCCGCGGGACGAGGCCGCCGCCAGCGACGACGAGUCGGCGCCGCUCGUGUCCUCGUCGGAGCAGAGCCACGCGGCCGCGGGCUCCAGUCCCGAAACCUCGCCGACGGCCGCGCCCUCCGCUCGCUCCCCUUCGACGAUGGCAUCGCCCUCGACGGCGUCGAGACCCAUAGACGUGGACUGCGGGAAUCGCAGCUUGCAGGAUGUCACCGCGAGCUCCGAUUUCUCGCCACGCUCGGAUAUAACGGAGCUAGACUCGCCGCGCGAUGGAGCGACAGAUUUUGACCUUCUUCCGGCGAGUAAGACUAAUGAUGAUCGUACGGCGCCGAGAGUUCACAUGGAAAGAGAGGACAGCGGAGCGUCCGUAUCGAAUAUGAUAGAACCUUAUAAUAUGCGUCUUUUAGCUCAUGGUACGUCGGAAAACUCCCGAGCUUUGUGGCGGCAGGACGCCCUGGAUACUGGGCCUCCUUGGCCAUGGGAUGAGCCGGACUCUGCAGUCUGACCUGAUAUGAAAUUUUGAUCGAACACUGUCGAGUAAACGUUACGACGUCACCAAGUUAUAAACGUGAGUCAAAUAAACACGUUAUGUAAGGUGCAGUCAUUUCAGAUGAACGUAAUGACAGAGAUGGACCAACAGCACCUUAUGAUUCUACACGAUACAACAUGCCAUUAUUAUAUAAUUAUGACACCCUUAUUAAUUUUAUAUUAAGAAUGACAAACGCGAAAUUGUGCAGUUACAUCUUGAAGACUUAAUGGCUUAGCAAAGAGGACUCGGGCUCAUAGGCUUGGCCCCAACGAUGCAGACGAAAUCUCGGACUAUCUACAUAUAUAUAUAAGCCUUUAUUCAAACAAUAUUUUUUUUUUAUAACAACUUAUUUAUUUAAUUGCUAUCGUCUGUUUGCUUAUUAGCAAAGGCCUCCUCCAACUGCCUCCAAUGUUCUCUAUUGCUAGCGAUUCUUGUCCAAAUUCCACCUGCUUCAGUCCUAAUGUCAUCUACCCAUCUUCUAUGUGGUCUUCCUCUUUUCCUUUUUUUUUAUCUUUUGUAUACCAAAACAUUAUCUUUUUACUCUAUUUAUCUCUCCCUCUAAUUGGAUAAUGGAAAUUUCGGACAAAGCUAGUAUAAUAUAUGACGUUAUUGUAGAACGUAGCUUAUAUAGAAGCAUGUAGACAAUACACAGCAAUAGUUGCAAAUGUUAAAUAGUCGUGUACUAAAUUUCACACAAUAUAUAAAUAUUGCAUUUAUAUGUAAUAUUGAUUUUAUCCAGAAUUGUGAUAUUAUAUUCUUAAGAAUAUUGAAAUAAAUUUAAUUCCCGAUGA